AUGCGUAGUAUUGCGGUGAUCGUCCUCUUGGCAGCGGUGGCUAUGAGUCUUCAGGCAACAGCAGCCCAGAGAAAUCUUAAGUACUCCGAACGUGAGGCGGUGUUCGAGUUAGCGGCCCAGAUCCUGCGCGUGGCUCAGGGACCCUCGGCCUUCGUCGGGGGCCCUCACAAGCGCAACUCGGAGCUGAUCAACUCCCUCCUGGGGAUCCCCAAGGUCAUGACCGACGCCGGAAGGAGAUAGACAAUGAGGGGAAAU